AUGGUACUGGGAAUACUCACUUCCAUAGCCGCCUGUCCCGCCAUCAUCGGAACCACUGAAGCUGUCCGACAAGGCCAGAAGCAGAAUGCCAGAGAAAAGCAUCGGAGCCGGAAAUCCAACCUCCUUGUAACUUGCUCAGAUCCCUCGCGCAAAGCGCGCGACAUACACGGUGGGACAGUAGUACUCCGAGAUAAAAAGCUUUACGUGACAACUGUCAACCCAAAGGCAAAAUUUCCCGAGGAUUACGAAGACGACAAUGAGCGCAUUAGGGGAUAUGGCCAUCUUUUUGCAGGUUAUUUUUUCCCCUACCCGGACAGCACAUGGGGCCGGCGAGGCGAGGGCUAUGUUUCUACCAUUCAAGAAGAUCCACCACAGCUCAACUGGAUUUACGUCGACAAAGACACGUACGAAGUGAAAUACGGACUACGGAAGGAAGCCGAGGGACAUAUAGUUGGGCCGUGGAACUGUUCCCCUAUUGAUAGGCGGCUGACUUUUGAUGGGUGGGAAGGUUGGACUGUUGUUGAGGAGAAACCGGGUGAGUGGGCUUUGUAUUUUGAUGUCGAUGACGAUGGGCUAGAAGGGAGAGUCCCGUUGGAUAAGAGGAUCAUGGAGAUUGAGUUGACGAGAAGAGAAACAAGGAUGCAAAAGGGAGAUCCAAUACUUUGA